AUGGAUGAGGAGGUGGACUUGCAGAAGAUCCUGUCUGGUGGUGAAAGGCAGCGGCUGAAUCUAGCAAGGCUUCUGCUCCAACCGAACGUGGAUCUAGCCAUCCUUGAUGAAUCCACGUCUGCCCUGGAUGAGGAGAAUGAAAGGACGGCCUACGAACUG